AUGGAUACAGUCAGUCUGUUCCUCGGCAUUCAAAUUCAGCCCAGAUCAGCAGGUCUCUUUCUCACUCAGUCCCAUUAUGCUAGAGACAUUCUGCAGUCAGCGGGCCUAGACUCCUCCAAACCGGUCAACACACCGAUCUCACCAAAGGAGUCCAAAACAAAGACAGCAACGGCAACCCAUGAAGAUCCCACCUUCUACAGACAAAUAGCAGGCUCCCUUCAAUAUCUUACCAUAACCCGGCCGGAUAUCGCCUUCGCUACCAAUGUCAUAUGUCAGCACAUGCACUGUCCCACGACAUCCGACUUCAAGAGACUCAAACGUCUUUUACGGUACAUCAGAGGCACACAAGAUUAUGGCUUGCCGAUCACCACUGGGCCUCUAACGCUCACAACCUAUUCUGAUGCAGACUGGGCAUCAAACACCGAUGAUCGGAAGUCAAUUACAGGGUUCUGCUCGUAUCUCGGUCCCAACCUCAUCUCCUGGAGCGUUAAAAAGCAGUCAAUUGUCGCCAAAUCGUCAACAGAGGCGGAGUACAGAGCUCUAGUGGCAGCUACCUCUGACGUGAUCUGGCUCCGUCGGCUUCUUCAUGAUUUCCACGCCUCGCAGUCAGCCCCAACGACGAUUUUCUGCGAUAACAUCUCUGCCAUCGCCUUGUCUAACAACCCCAUAUUUCAUGCGAGGACCAAACACAUUGAAAUAGAUCACCAUUUUAUCAGUGAUCAUAUUAACCGCAAAGCGAUAGAGGUUGCUCACAUCAAUUUCGCCGAUCAACCGGCGGACAUACUUACCAAACCCAUUACCGGCAAGCGGUUCUCCGAACUACGGACCAAACUGACCAUCUGCAGAUCAGAUGAUCAGCUUGCGGGGGGUGUUAAGGUAUUCCAUAUACCUCCUUCGGCUCAUCACACCGACUGCAGCACUUCACACGACCUCUGUCACCAGUGGUCUGGCUCUGACCUCCAACACCUCUUUGAUAUUCCAACGACUUGUCUCCUAGUCCUCUAUAGAACUCACUUACUGUACAUGGCCGAGAGAUGA